CCUCCUACUGAGGUCAGGACAGAAAACUGCCUCUGCUCGCAGAGGAAGAGACGAGAGCUGAGCAGUUCACAUCACAGAGGGACUGGGGAGCAGUAGCUUCACGCAAUAGAGAAAAGAGGAGGAAAAUCCAAAAAGAGCAAGAACUGUUUGCUGUAAAGAUUGGGAGCAAGGUGAGAAAAGAUUGAUUUGUGGUGGUAUCAAACAUCAGAGUGGCUUUUCCUCCCUUUUCCUCCUCCUAGAGGUUGCUGAUGGCUGAACAGACACCCUCUUCAGACUGUUCUCAUCUCAUUGACCACAGCCACAUCCCUGAGUUUGAGGUAUCUCCUUGGAUCAAGAUCACUUUGGCCUUGCUCGACAUCUGCAUCUUUAUAGCAGGCAUCUUGGGCAACAGCAUCACCAUCAAGGCUACCAGGAUCCUGCAGAAGAAAGGCUACCUGCAGAAGGAGGUCACGGACCACAUGGUGAGCCUAGCCUGCUCUGACCUGUUGGUCAUCCUGCUGGGCAUGCCCAUGGAGUUCUUCAGUGCCAUUUGGAAGCCCUUUGCCACCCCAAAUGGCAAUGUGGCUUGCAAGCUCUACUAUUUCCUCUUCGAAGCCUGCAGUUAUGCAACUGUGCUGCAUGUGGGCACCCUCAGUUUUGAGAGGUAUGUGGCUAUCUGCCACCCUUUCAAGUUCAAGGCAGUCUCUGGGCCCCGUAAAGUGAAGAUCCUCAUCGCUUUUGUCUGGGGGACAUCUGUCAUCGUGGCUCUGCCCCUCCUCUUUGCCAUGGGCACAGAGUAUCCACUGGAAAUCAUUGAAGACUAUCAAGGUGCGACUGCCUGUGCCAAGUCAGCUGCCAGACACCACAAUCCUGAACUAAAGAAAAACAUGACAAUCUGUACCAGCCUCUCCUCCAAGUGGGCCAUCUUCCAGGCCAGUAUCUUCAGUGCCUUUGUAGUGUACAUCAUAGUGCUGGGCUCAGUUGCCUUCAUGUGCCGCAGCAUGAUGAAAACCCUGAUGAUCUACAAGAAAGGAACUGUGGCAGUGAAGGGUGAGCCUGGACAACAGGAGCAGUACCUAAGGAAAAGCGAGAGCUCAGAGGGCAAGAACUCCAGGAGACAGAUCAUUUUAUUCCUGGGACUGAUUGUUGCAACCCUGGCAGUAUGCUGGAUGCCGAACCAGAUUAGAAGGAUCAUGGCUGCUGCUAAACCAAAGCAGGACUGGACCGUCCCCUACUUCAGGGCAUAUAUCAUUCUCCUUCCCAUCGCUGAUAUUUUCUUCUAUCUCAGUUCCGUGGUGAAUCCCCUGCUGUACAAUAUCUCUUCUCAGCAGUUCCGCAGUGUGUUUCUGCAGGUCCUCCGCUGCCACCUGACAAUAGAGCACGCCAACAAAGAGAAGUUCCUCAGAGCCAACCUGAGCUCCAGAGCAAGGAGCAGCCGGUCUCUACGCCCACUGCUCUUCAUUUCCUCCAAGCGCAGCUCUUCCACAAGGAGCAAUAGCAAAGGUUUAAGUACUUCUCAGAAUGAGGCCAACCCCGACUGCAGUCUGCAGAAGUCAGAUCUUGAAUUGCAGGAGCACAGCUUGGAAGUAGUGCCACUAGAGACGAGCUCAAAGCCUGGCCCAGAUGCACAGAAUGGCCUUUGUGAACACGAAGUAUGA